GGUUACUACAUAGUUUUGAUGUCUUCAAUCCUACAAUGUAGAAAAUUGUAAAAAAAAAAAUAAAGAAAAACCUUUGAAUUAGUAGGCGUGUCAACUGGUACUGUGCAUGCACAGUGAGAUAUACAAACCGCGUGCGCACACAGUUCCAAAGCUCACUGGCACUCCUGUUCUCCAGUGAACUAAAGCUGUUUUCUCCGCUGGGAAGUGGAAUCGGAACUUCAUCGUAUGAGCCACGAACUCACGGAGAAACAAUCAAACUAUUGUUGUAACUCCAGCACGACAGCUCCACUCUUUAUAUCCUACACCAUCUGCGGAUAAAUCAAGACCAUAAUAGAACUUUAACGCUUGAUAAAGACGAGGCUUACUGACAGGAUGACAGAAGUGAUAAACACCUGUGAUUCGACGGUGGGAGACUUCAGCAUCGGAGGCACCUCAGGAGAAGAGGGUAUAUCCUUCCAGAUCUUUCCGGACUCCCACGAACGGUUCCCCAAGCUGUCCAAACGGCUUCCCUCCAUCGUGGUGGAGCCCACUGAGAGCGGGGAAGUGGAGAGUGGCGAGCUCCGUUGGCCCCCCGAUGACCUUAGUUACCCUGAUGAAGACCCCGGAGAGGCCCAGGCGGCAGGAGAGGAUAAUCCAGCAGCGGUACAGCAAUGAUGGGAGGAGUUUAAAACGGACUCUCACAGUGCUGGCACCGUUCCAGCCACACACUGUGAGUGUCUCCAUGAUGGACAGAAGCAAGGAGGAGGGUGUUCAGGCUAAGCCCGUAAUCAACUAGAAGCGCCAACCUGUUGGUAGACCUCCACAACACUUGGUGGGGCUGAGCCCUGUCUUAAAUUGCUCAUUGGUGCCAAACACCAGUGAGUAGCUUGUUACUGUAGAUUCAUUUGUUGCUUGUUUUACUUUUUUAGGGUUCACAAACAACAUGUUUAUGUGCACCCCAUUCAGAGUUUGUUUAGCUGUGAUCUUUAGAUACAGUAUACAAAAUAAAGAUAUGAACAGUUCUAUAUAUAUAAUUUUAUGUAUCUGGCUGCCUUAGACCAAAGUCUAUAUGUACUGUAGAUCAGGGGUUGGAACUGGUCAGAACAGACAAUUGGAAAAUAACAUCAUUUUUCAAGGAACAGAAACAACCAGGAACAAAAGUGAUCUCUAGUGUCCUGGAACAGAACCAUUAUUUUCAAAUCUUGAGAACCGGUAAAUAAUCAUAUUUUUUAUUACAAAAAUGUUUAUGUCGAGCAUAUACGUUACCGGUAAAAAGUUUUAGAACACCUACUCAUUCAAGGGUUUUUCCAUGGUUUUUAAAACAAUUUUCUACAUUGUAGAAUAAUAGUUUAGACAUCAAAACUAUGAAAUAACACAUAUGGAAUCAUAUAGUAACCAAAAAAUUGUUUAACAAAUCAAAAUGUAUUUUAUAUUUGAGAUUCUUCAAAUAGCCAUCCUUUCCCUUGAUGACAGCUUUGCACACUCUUGGCAUUCUCUCAACCAGCUUCAUGAGGUAGUCACCUGGAAUGCAUUUCAAUCAACAGGUGUGCCUUCUUAAAAGUUCAUUUGUGUUAUUUCUUUCCUUCUUAAUGUGUUUGAGCCAAUCAGUUGUGUUGUGACAAGGUAGGGGGAGGGGGGGUAUACAGAAGAUAGCCCUAUUUGGUAAAAGACCAAGUCCAUACUAUGGCAAGAACAGCUCAAAUAAGUAGAGAAAUGACAGUCCAUCAUUACUUCAAUACAUGAAGGUCAGUCAAUGUCACGACUUUGAAGUUGGCCCUUCUCAUUGUUCGGGUGGUGUUCGGCGGUGACGUCACCGGCUUUCUAGUCACUACCGAUCCAUUUUUCUGUUUUGUUUGAUUACACACACACCUGUUUUACAUUCCAUAUUUAACCAUCUGACAUACAUUUCUGUUCUGUCUGUGAUUGUUCAUGUCGUUAGUGGUUGUGUUUGUGUUAGAGUUGUGUUGGGUGUUCCUAUGUGGAAUUUUACUUUAUUCUUUGAGUAAACUCAGUUGGAUUACUCUAUACUUGUGUCCUGCGCCUGACUCCGCUUUCACUCUGCACCCAAUCGCUGACAGUCAAUAUGAAACAUUUCAAGAACUUUGAAAGUUUCUUCAAGUGCAGUCGCAAAAACCAUCAAGUGCUAUGAUGAAACUGGCUCUCAUGAGGACCGCCACAGGAAUGGAAACCCCUGAGUUACCUCUGAUGCAGAGGACAAGUUCAUUAGUUACCAGCCUCAGCCCAAAUAAAUGCUUCACGGAGUUCAAGUAACAGACACAUCUCAACAUCAACUGUUCAGAGGAAACCGUGUGAAUCAUUGUCAAAUUUCUGCAAAGAACUAAUACUAAAGGACACCAAUAAGAAGAAGAUACAUGCUUGGGCCAAGAAACACAAACAAAGGACAUUAGACUGGUGGAAAUGUGUCUUUUGAUCUGGAGUCCAAAUUGGAGAUUUUUGGUUACAUCUGCCGUGUCUUUGUGAGAUGUGGUACUAUAAUUUGUUUUUCAACAAGACGAUGACCCAACACACCUCCAGGCUGUGCAAGGGCUAUUUUACCAAGAAGGAGAGUGAUGGAGUGCUGCAUCAGAUGACCUGGCAUCCACAAUCCUCUGACCUCAGCCAAAUUGAGAUGGUUUGGGAUGAGUCGGACCGCAGAGGGAAGGAAAAGCCACCAACAAGUGCUCAGCAUGUGUGGGAACUCCUUCAAGACUGUUGGAAAAGCAUUCCAGGUGAAGCUGGUUGAGAGAAUGCCAACAGAGUGCAAAGCUGUCAUCAGGGUGGCUAUUUGAAGGAUCUCAAAUAUAAAAUAUAUUUCAUAUAUUCUUCUUUGGUUACUACAUGAUUCCUUAUGUGUUAUUUUAUAGUUUUGAAGUCUUCAUUAUUAUUCUACAAUGUAUAGAAUAGUCCAAAUAAAGAAACUCUGAAUGAGUAGGUGUUCUAAAACUGUUGACCGGUAGUGUAAUUCAGUGAACCUAUGAUGCUACUGUAGUAAUAGCCGAAACACACUCCAAUUAACAUUAUGUCACAAGGUUUAGCGCUUCACACCCUCCAUGUCCACCGCUCUCUCCCCACCUGUGACAUCUCAGACACAACAUCUCUGAUCAAUUAAACAUAUAAACAAGUAGCUUACCCAUUCCAAGGCAAGCUGCUCUAUCCGUGCUGAUUGGCGGGGUAAAAUAAUGAGCUAAAUGUAAAAACUAUGUUGAUUUCACAGGUUCAAAAAAAUUGUACGAAAGGGAAUUAUAUGAACCGUUACUUUUCGGGGAUUCUUACCAAUUCAGAACCUUAUAAUGCUGGUUAGAACACUGGAAUGGAACAAGAAAAUAUGGUUUCUGUUCAGAACAAUUGGAAAAUAAUUUUGGUUCUAACCCCUGUUGAAGAUAAACAGUUUUAUACAGUGAGUUUGGGAGAGGAGAAUUCAUCAUGAGGAACAUGGCAAUCUUACAUUAAACUGUAUAGCUGUCAAUUACGGCUUCUGCUCAUAUGCAUGUUAUUAUCUAUAAGCACUUAUUACAAUGUUUUUUUCUUCUUUCAAACCAUAGGCUUUGAAGCAUCAUCGUAGUUAAUAUUUUACAUAGUCCUUGAUUGAAAAGACAUGUUAACUGAAAAAACACAACUUUCAGGUUUUUCUAAUUUGUCUUUCAUCUAUUGCCCAAUUUCAAUUCAUGUCUGGGUUUGUUUUUAUUCAUUAAACUUCUGAUAGUUUGGAGUCUCUGAUACUAUAGUUAAAUUAAAAAGUCACACACCCUUCUACAAACAUGUCUUGCUUACAUGCUGACUAGAACGGACACGUCGCGUGCACGAGCGUCGCAAGAUAAAUGAUGAAAUCCAUGUUAUUCAAUUAUUGCGCGCCAAGGAGUGUCUGCAUUGCCAAGGGUUAAAUUAGAAGUCAGUUUAUUAUUAUUAUUAUUUAUCCUAUUUCUGACGCAGAUCGCGCUGCAAGUCCUGCCUCUCCCAUCUCCUCGUUGGUUUAUAGAAGCAGGUACCCACGUGCCUUCUCCUCAUUGGUUAUACCCACGUGGGUGAUUGAAAGACUAACUGUUUUGCCGGUUGUCAUGGUAAUACUAUGAAAGUGUAGAUGAAUCACCAUAUAAGUUCCAAGAUGAAAAAGCCUGGAAGGAGGAGAGUUGACUAGAAACGAUUCGGUUGGCCGUUUUAUGUGUGGAUUAAUUGUCGUAGUAGAGGACCUUGUGCAUUUCAGGUAAAAAAACAACUCAAUGUUUAUAUCCCAGGACAAAUUAGCUAGCAAGUGCAAGCUAACUAGCUAAAUUGCCAUAAAUGCUUAAUGCUUUUCGACCUCUCCCCAAAUUAAUGUCAUUGGUUCAGAGUUUGUUUUGAUAUUUUAACCUGCAUGUCGUGAUCGCGUUUGCACGAUAGCGCACGAGCACAACCAGUUUGGGUUUCAUGGUACGUCCUUUUGAAUAUAAUUAAUAUACAGUUGUCGGAAGUAUACAUACACCUUAGCCAAAUACAUUUAAACUCAGUUUUUUUUUUUUUUUUUACAAUUCCUGACAUUUACUCCGAGUAAAGAUUCCCUGUCUUAGGUCAGUUAGGAUCGCCACUUUAUUUUAAGAAUGUGAAAUGUCAGAGUAAUGGUAGAGUGAUUUAUUUCAGCUUUUAUUUCUUUCAUCGCAUUCCCUGUGGGUCAGAAGUAUACUGUACAUACAAUCAAUUAAUAUUUGGAAGCAUUGCCUUUAAAUUGUUAAACUUGGGUCAAACAUUUUGGGUAGCCUUCCACAAGCUUCCCACAAUACGUUGGGUGAAUUUUGGCCAAUUCCUCCUGACAGAGCUGGUGUAACUGAGUCAGGUUUGUAGGCAUCCUUGUUCGGCACACAAUUUUUCAGUUCUGCCCACAAAUGUUUCUAUAGGAUUGAGGUCAGGGCUUUGUGAUGGCCACGCCAGUACCUUGACUUUGUUGUCCUUAAGCCAUUUUGCCACAACUUUGGAAGUAUGCUUAGGGUCAUUGUCCAUUUGGAAGACCCAUUUGCAACCAAGCUUCCUGACUGAGGUCUUGAUGUUGCUUCAAUAUAUCCACAAUAUAUCCAUCUAUUUAGUGAAGUGCAUCAGUCCCUCCUGCAGCAAAACACCCCACAACAUGAUGCUGCCAACCCGCGCUUUACGGUUGGGAUGGUGUUCUUUGGCUUGCAAGCCUCCCCCUUUUCCUCCAAACAUAACGAUGGUCAUUAUGGCCAAACAGUUCCAUUUUUGUUUCAUCAGACCAGAGGACAUUUCUCCAAAAAAUACAAUCUUUGUCCCCAUGUGCAGUUGCAAACCGUAGUCUGGCUUUUUUAUGGCGGUUUUGGAGCAGUGGCUUCUUCCUGCUGAGCGGCCUUUCAGGUUAUGUCGAUAUAGGACUUGUUUUACUGUGGAUAUAGAUACUUGUACCUGUUUCCUCCAGCAUCUUCACAAGGUCCUUUGCUGUUGUCCUUUGCUGUUGUUUUGACAUUGAUUUGCACUUUUCGCACAAAAGUAUGUUCAUCUCUAGGAGACAGAACGUGUCUCCUUCCUGAGCGGUAUGACGGCUGCGUGGGCACAUGGUGUUUAUACUUGCGUACUAUUGUUUGUACAGAUGAACGUGGUACCUUCAGGCAUUAGGAAAUUGCUCCAAAGAAUGAACCAGACUUGUGGUCUUAUCUGGGUUCUUAUGUCUCCAAAUAUCUAGAACACCUAACCUUAGACAUAUAUGCCUUAUCUCAUAAACAUAAUUGCUAUCCUUAGGAGGCCAUCUAUCUAGAUCAUCAUGUAAUACUGUAUUAAAAUCUCCACCGCAUAUUACUUUGGCCAAUGGAAAUGUAUACAUAAUUGUACUUAUUUUCCUUUCAAUGUCUCAAUAAAAUACAGCUUUAUGACUUGUUA